GAAGAAGAGGAUCCCAGGGAGGAAAAUGUGCUGGAGACCCCUGUGCCGGUUCCUGUGGCUUUGGUCCUAUCUGUCCUAUGUUCAAGCUGUGCCUAUCCAGAAAGUCCAGGAUGACACCAAAACCCUCAUCAAGACCAUUGUCACCAGGAUCAAUGACAUUUCACACACGCAGUCGGUAUCCGCCAAGCAGAGGGUCACUGGCUUGGACUUCAUUCCUGGGCUUCACCCCAUUCUGAGUUUGUCCAAGAUGGAUCAGACUCUGGCAGUCUAUCAACAAAUUCUCACCAGCCUGCCUUCCCAAAAUGUGCUGCAAAUAGCCAAUGACCUGGAGAACCUCCGAGACCUCCUCCGUCUGCUGGCCUUCUCCAAGAGCUGCUCCCUGCCUCAGACCGGUGGCCUGCAGAAGCCAGAGAGUCUGGAUGGCGUCCUGGAAGCCUCGCUCUACUCCACAGAGGUGGUGGCUCUGAGCAGGCUGCAGGGCUCUCUGCAGGAGAUUCUUCAACAGUUGGACCUUAGCCCUGAAUGCUGAGGUUUCAAAGACCACCAGGCUCCCAGGGAUCAUGUUGAGAGAAGAAACCUUGGCUUCCAGGGGUCUUCAGGAGAAGAAAGCCAUGUGUACACAUCCCUUAUCCAGGACUCUGUCCACCUCUCCCACUCCUGGGAGAAGACCACCCUUCCAAAGGCAUGACUCCACAAUGCUUGACUAAAGCUAUCCACACGACUCUAUGAGCACUAGGAGGGGCCAGCCUGCAGAGGUGAUUCUCACCUAGUUCUUCAGCAAGUAUAGAUAAGAACCAUCCCAUCCCCUCCAUGUUCCACUCCCCCUGGGUACAUGCUUCACUGUGGCCCAGGGGAUGGAAGGAACGGAUGGGUAGAGCCUUUGGACUGUCUCAGAGUCUUCGGGAGCACCAUGAAGGCUGCAUCCACACACAGCUGGAAACUCCCAAGCAGCACAUGAUGGAAGCUCAUAUUUAUUUAUUCUGCAUUUUCUUUUGGACGGAUUUGAAGCAAAGCAUCAGCUUUUUCAGGCUUUGGGGUCAGCCAGGGCGAGGAAGGCUCCUGAGGUGCUGUUUUCAAUCCCAUUGAUGGAUCUGCCCAAGGCAAAUCUAUUUUUUUUUUUUUUGAGUGACUGGAAGGAAGAUUGGGAUCUCCCAAACAAGAGUCUAUGCAGGUAGCUCUCAAGCUUGUCCUCUGGUGACUGGUUUUGUUUCUAUUGUGACUGACUCUAUGCAAACACAUUUGCAGAGGCAUUGCCUGGAGCGUAGGCUAGGUUAUUAUCAAAGGAAGAUGAAUUUUGUCAAGUGUAAUAUGCAUCUAUGUGCACCUGAGGGUAGGGGAUGUGUUAGAGGGAGGGGGGAGGAUCCAGAAGUGUUCUCUGAGUUACAUAUAUGUGGUAGGCUUUUCUGAAAAGGUGAGGCAUUUCCUUACCUCUGUAGCCACAUAGCAUGGCUUUGUGAAAAGGACAAAGGAGUUGACUCUUUCAGGGACAUUUGAAGUAUACCAGGCACCCUUGGAGGGGGCUAAAGCUACAGGCCUUUUAUUGGCAUAUUUCUGAGCUCAGGGAGUGAGGGCCCCACAUUUGAGACAGUGAGCCCCAAGAAAAGGGUCCCUGGUAUAGCUCUCCCAAGUUGUCCAGGGUUGAGCCCACAAUGCAUUUCUGAAGCAGGCAGUAUCCCUAGUAGAUGUUUGCAUGUCGAUACGUGGUUCUCAUCUGAUUGGUUCAUCCAAAGUAAAACCAUGUCUCCCACCCAUUCUGUGGGGAGUUCUGUUCCAGUGGGAAUGAGAAAUCACUUAGCAGAUGGUCCUGAGCCCUGGGCCAGCACUGCUGAGGAGGUGCCAGGGCCCCAGGCCAGACUGCCACGAUUGCCCUUCGAGCUGAAGGAUGAACAAAGGGGCUUGGGUUUUUCCACCACCCCUGCACCCUUAUGUCACCAUCCAACUGUGGGUGGCAGAUCAAUGCAAGAAAACUUGAUGGAAAGCAAUACACUUUAAGACUGAGCACAGCUCUGUACUCAGUCCUGACUGGUGCUGUGGGCUAGCGAAGCUCACCAAAUAAACGUGAAAAUCAGAGGCUCGUGUCCCUGCAGUAAGACCCUACUCCCCAGUGUGCCAAGGUGCAUGUCGUCACAACAGCCCCGCACAGCCGAAAGUACAGUGCUGUCUUCAAUGGGUGCGAAAGGACCUGAGCUGGGGGUGACAGUGCCCAGGGGAACCCUGCUUGCAGUCUAUUGCAUUUACAUACCUUUCAGGGCACACUAUCGUCCACUGCUAUUAUAGCACACCGUUGACACGGGAUAACUGGGGUCGUAAAAAUAAGAAAAUACAGGUUGACUAUCCCUUAUCCAAAAUGCUUGGGACUAGAAGAGUUUUGGAUUUUAAAGACGUUUUCAGGCAUAGGUAUAUUUGAAUGUAUAUUAAAUGAGAUAUCUUGAGGGGUGGGACCCAAGUAUAAACAUGAAGUUCAUUUAUAGUUCAUAAUACCGUAUACACACUGCUUGAAGGUAGUUUUAUACAGUGUUUUAAAUAAUGUUAUGUGCAUGAAAGAAGUUUUCACAGCGUGAAAUUGUCUACCCGUGGCAUCAUGUUAGCACUCAAAAACCUUUGGAUUUUAGAGCAAUUUGGAUCUUGGGUUUUCUGUAAGAGAUGUUUAGCUUAUACCUAAAACUAUAAUAGCUAACAGGUUGCAGGACCAGACUAGAGACUGGAUCCUCAGCCCUGAAGUGUGUCCUUCCAGCCAGCUAAUACCCUGUGGAAGCGAACGGCAUCGGGGUUUGUGGUGCUGACUAAAAGAGAAGAAUUGGAGGUGGAUUUGGAGGAGGUGAGGGAUGUGAUGUUGUUUUACUGGGUGCUUGGUAUGUGGAGUGGUAAAACUCAGAACAGGAAGUGACAGGGAAGACUGAAGAGAAGGGGAAAGAACAACAGGAAGUGCUGAAAUGACUUUAUGGGCCGCAAAAGUGGCUAUUGAAAGAGUCCCAAGUGCCACAGUCUAGAGCGAAGGCUUGUGUGGCUGGUGUCAGACUGCUCUGGGGUUGUACUAUGUCACCUUGGCCACCUCAUCGAGCUGGAAUGUCCUGAGCCUUUUGCUCAGAAAACCUUGCACUAUGGCUUGUUCCCAGAUUGUGAAACAUCCCAUAUGCAAAAAUGUUUGGUUUUCUUAAAAAAUAUAUAUGCAACAACAGCAACAACAAA